CCCGGACAUUUAUUGCCGACGCACCAAACAUCUUCCUGGUUGACGUGGAGAGGAUUGUUUACAAUGUCAGAGAAUAAAGUCGAAAUGUCAACUGAAACCGCUUUAAUUCAAAACAGUGGCAAUGUGCCUUCUCAGCAGAAUAACCCACUGUCUAGGAAACUCAAUAAGAUUCUAGAGACCAGGCUAGAUAAUGACAAGGAGAUGUUGGAAGCUCUGAAGGCUCUGUCGGUGUUCUUCACAGAGAACAGUCUUCGGACCCGUCGGAACCUGCGGGGGGACAUCGAGAGACGGAGCCUGAACAUCAACGAAGAGUUUGCCAGGAUAUUUAAAGAUGUCAAAGAGGAGCUUGAGAGUGUGCACGAGGACGUCCAGGCCAUGAGCACCUGUUGUGAAGAGAUGACCAGCAGAUUGAAGGCAGCCAAGGAUCAGACCCAGGACCUCAUUGUGAAGACCAACAAGCUGCAGGGAGAGAAUCAUCGUCUGGAGGUGCGAUCCCAGGUUGCUCAGGCCUUCCUGUCUAAGUUCCAGCUGUCGUCUGAAGAGAUGGACACACUACGAGGGGCAAGAGACGCGCCCGUCACAGAGGACUUCUUCAAGGCUCUGAGCAGAGUGAAGAAUAUCCAUGAAGACGUCAGGAUUCUCCUGAGGACCAACCAGCAGACUGCAGGGCUGGACAUCAUGGAACAGAUGGCUGUGUUACAGGAGACGUCCUACGAACAGCUCUAUCGCUGGACACAGAAUGAGUGCCGUGGUCUGACCCAGGAGUCCUGUGACAUCAGUCCAGUGCUUAGUCAGGCUAUGGAGGCCUUGCAGGACCGCCCUGUUCUCUACAAGUACACCCUGGAUGAGUUUGGGACAGCUCGGAGGUGUGUGAUGGUGCGGGGGUUCAUUGAUGCCCUGACCAGAGGGGGUCCAGGAGGCACGCCUCGACCCAUAGAGAUGCACUCCCACGACCCUAUGAGGUAUGUAGGGGACAUGUUAGCUUGGCUGCACCAAGCCACCGCCUCAGAGAAGGAGCAUCUGGAGGCUCUGCUGAAACAGGUCACUGCACAAGGAGUGGAUGAGACCAUGCAAGAGGUGGUGGGACACAUCACUGAGGGAGUCUGUAGACCUCUUAAAGUGCGUCUGGAGCAGGGAAUCUUGGCUGAGCCGGGUUCUGUUCUACUCUACAAGCUGUCCAACCUGCUCAAGUUCUACCACCACACCAUCAGUUGUAUCGUGGGCACCAGUGUAGCCUCCCUGCUGAUGACCAUAGAAGAGAUGCACAUCCUGAGCAAGAAGAUGUUUUUCAACAGUCUCAGUCUCCACGCUAGCAGGCUCAUGGACAAGGUGGAGCUCCCCCCUCCAGACCUGGGUCCCACCUCCUCUCUGACCCAGACCCUGGCUCUCCUGAGGGAGGUGUUGGCCUCUCAUGACUCCUCUGUAGUUCCUCUGGACGCUCGCCAGGCUGACUUCGCUCAGGUGUUGUCUUGUAUCCUGGACCCCCUGCUCCAGCUGUGUACAGUGUCAGCCAGUAACCUCGGUACAGCAGACAUGGCAACGUACAUGGUGAACUCUCUGUAUGUGAUGAAGACCACCCUGGCUCUGUUUGAGUUCACAGACAAGAGGCUGGAGAUGCUGGAGUUCCAGAUUGAAGCUCACCUGGACACUCUGAUCAACGAACAGGCUUCGUUUGUUCUGACCCGUGCUGGACUGAGCUACAUCUACAGCUGUGUACAGCAGCACAGCCCAGAACAGGGGCCUCUGUCUAACCUCCCCAGUAUGGACAGCUCCUCGCUGAAAGCAGCCAUGAUCCAGUUUGAUCGUUACCUGUCUUCUCCUGAUACCAUGGUGAUGCCUCAACUCAACUUCCUCCUCAGUGCUGCCAUCAAGUGAGUCCUCCUUCCAAUCAAAUGAGAGAUGAGGUCAUGAAAAAAACACUAAAAGGUCGUCAGUUGAAGUCAGAAGUUUACAUACACCUUAGCCAAUUAUAUUUAAACUCAGUUUUUCACAAUUCCUGACAUUUAAUGCUAGUAAAAAGUCCCUGUCUUAUGUCAGUUAGGAUCACCACUUUAUUUUAAGAAUGUGAAAUGGCUUUUUUUAAUGGCGGUUUUG